CUGGGCUAGAGCCGGGGAGCCGGAGGUGGGGUCUACCCGGGCUCGACGCUAGGUGUUGGGCUGAGGAUUUCCACCCGAUCCUCGAACCUCCGGCCCAUCCCAUAGACGCCCCGCCCUCUUCAAACACCCUCCCUCGCAUUUAUUCCCGCAUCUCUAUUUUAAAGAUGGGGAAACUGAGGCACAGGGAGCGGGGCCGGGGAGCACUGACAGAACCAGAAGCAAGGUCCGCCUCGGAGGGCCGACCUGCCCCUUCUGGGUUUCGUCGAGGGUCUCAGAUACUAGGAGGCCCAGCUGGAAGCCACCUGAGGGUGUCUCCCGCUAAGAUGCGCAAAUGGGGAAAGCGAGGCCGGAGUUGGGGAAAGAACUUGCCCGAGCCGCAAAGCGCGUCAGCCGAGGAGGUCGGGGCGGGGGCGACCCGCGCGACCGAGGCUCCGGGAUCUGGGCUCGGCGCGGAGCCUGCAGGGCGGGGCUGCGGCGCGUGCUGAUGACGCAAACGGCGCGGCGGCCCUAGCGACACGGUUACUAGGGAGCGGCGCGCCGCGACGGCUACAUGGACUCGACCACCGCCCCGCACCGUAUCCCCCCCGAGAUGCCCCAGUACGGGGAGGAGAACCACAUCUUCGAGUUGAUGCAGAACAUGCUGGAGCAACUCCUGAUCCAUCAGCCUGAGGACCCCAUCCCCUUCAUGAUCCAGCACUUGCAUAAAGACAAUGACAAUGUGCCCAGGAUUGUAAUAUUAGGUCCACCUGCCUCGGGGAAAACAACGAUAGCAAUGUGGCUCUGCAAACAUCUGAACAGCAGUCUCCUCACCCUGGAGAACCUGGUCUUAAACGAGUUUUCCUUUACGGCCACCAAAGCCAGAAGGCUUUAUCUGCAAAGGAAGACAAUUCCCAGCGCGCUGCUCGUCCAACUGAUUCAGGAACGCCUGGCUGAAGAGGAUUGCAUCAAGCGGGGCUGGAUUCUGGAUGGCAUCCCCGAGACGCGUGAGCAGGCCCUGAGGAUCCAGACCCUGGGGAUCACCCCCAGACACGUCAUCGUGCUGAGUGCUCCAGACACGGUCCUGAUCGAGAGAAACCUGGGGAAGAGAAUCGACCCUCAAACUGGAGAGAUUUAUCACACCACCUUUGACUGGCCACCCGAAUCUGAAAUCCAGAACCGCCUGAUGGUACCAGAGGACAUCUCAGAGCUGGAGACGGCUCAGAAACUGCUGGAGUAUCACAGGAACAUCGUCAGGGUCAUUCCCUCCUACCCCAAAAUCCUCAAAGUCAUCAGUGCUGACCAGCCAUGUGUGGACGUCUUCUACCAGGCUCUGACCUAUGUCCAAAGCAACCAUCGUACUAAUGCCCCGUUCACCCCAAGGGUGCUGCUGCUCGGGCCUGUGGGCAGUGGGAAGAGUCUGCAGGCCGCCCUCCUGGCCCAGAAAUACAGGCUUGUCAAUGUCUGCUGUGGGCAACUGCUGAAAGAGGCUGUGGCAGACAGGACCACGUUUGGCGAGCUCGUUCAGCCGUUUUUUGAAAAGGAGAUGGCAGUUCCUGACGGCCUCCUCAUGAAAGUGCUGAGCCAGCGUCUGGACCAGCAGGACUGCAUCCAGAAAGGCUGGGUGCUGCACGGCGUCCCGCGGGACCUGGACCAGGCACACCUGCUGAAGAGCCUGGGCUACAAUCCCAACAGGGUGUUUUUCCUGAAUGUGCCAUUUGAUUCCAUCAUGGAGCGGCUGACUCUGAGAAGAAUUGAUCCAGUCACUGGGGAGAGGUACCACCUCAUGUACAAGCCACCUCCCACCAUGGAGAUCCAGGCUCGCCUCCUGCAGAACCCGAAGGAUGCUGAAGAGCAGGUCAAGCUGAAAAUGGACCUGUUCUACAGGAACUUGGCCGACUUGGAGCAGCUGUAUGGGUCAGCCAUCACCGUCAAUGGAGACCAGGACCCAUACACCGUCUUUGAAUACAUCGAGAGCGGCAUCAUUAAUCCCCUGCCCAAGAAAAUCCCCUGAUGGGUUCAGAGCCAGGAGCGCCGCCCCAGGGUAAGAGUUAAUCCCCUGCCCCCAGCCCCCCAACCUCUGCAAAGCUCCCCUAAAAAGCCAAUAAAGCGUGCUGGGUAC